AUGAAAGUGGAUAAGAAACUUUUGCCAAUUAAGGGUCACUUUUUUCUAUUUAAUGCUGGUACAGCACCCUUAGUACCAUAUUUAUCCACAUAUGCUCGUCAAUUGGGAUUCUCAUCCGCAACAGUUGGACUUAUAUACACUAUACUGCCAAUUUUUGGUCUCAUCGCUAAACCACUGUUUGGUGUUAUAGCAGAUAGAUUUAGAGUACAAAAGCCAAUAUUUAUAUUGUUUCAAAUAAUAACGAUAGUUAGUUUUGCCGGUAUAUACUUUAUUCCGCAAAAUGUUUCGAAGCUGACUGUGGAAUUAGAUUGUGGGGAUGGUGCCACUGUACUUAAGAGUUGCUAUAAGAGUAUCGAAGAAAUUGAUCAAUGUAAGGUCAGAUCUUUGGGCAAUCAACAAGAAACGGCUGAAUGUAAGAUGACGUGUGAUCUGACAUCGCCAAAAAUGUGGCAGACCGUCUGCGAACAUUGGAAAAUACCCCAAUAUUGCUACAGCCACACAGACAGGAUAGACUAUACAUCGUAUAUCAGCAACGUGACUUCGAGGGACGAUAAAUGCACUUACAUUGAGUCGAACAAUGUGACACUUGAAGGAUAUAAUUUUAAGCCAAGCUGUCGUAUUGGUAACGGCUUCGUGGAUGUUAAUGAGCCCUGUAGACUCAAAUGUAAGAACGAAAAGCUCGCCAAUCUCGUGGGACAGAACCAAGCAUACAUGACAUGUGUUAAUGAUAGUUUAAACUAUCGCCUUUGCAAUAACGCCUCCAGUGUCGACAGUUUUGUGACAGACAAACAAUUGAAUACAUGUGAGGCGUCAUGCGAGCUGGAUGAAACAGCUCCGUGGAAACUAAUGGAGAUAUGCCUCGGCUGGGGUGCUGAUGUGACUGAGAUCUGCAAGCCGAAGACACCAGAGGGCGAACACCUGCCCAGUACUCUGUCGUUUACUGGACAUCUACGCCUGACUACAACUGUCACUGAGCAUGCAUGCGUUUUUAUAAGGCUAAACUAUAUCGUUAUGCCUGAUGGCUCAGUGCACUAUCCCAACUGCGUUUCUAAAGCUCAAUAUGAAAUGGAGAUGAGUCUCUUCCAUCCAUCUUGUGAGAUUGACUGUGACAACGCACAGGUCAACGACUUAUUGCAAGCCGCAAAAGAAAGUGUGAGUGAAGAAAGUAGCCAGUAUACAGGUCAAUUCUGGAUUUUCUUCGCCCUCAUGAUAAUAAGCUGGGUGGGACAAGCUGUCGUUGUCACUUUUGCGGACGCCAUUUGCUUUAAUAUUCUUGGUACAGAAGUGUCACUCUAUGGAAAACAACGUCUCUGGGGUUCCGUUGGCUUUGGAAUGUUCUCCCUCAUCACCGGAAGCCUUAUAGACUUGUUCAGUAAUGGCGCAUACAAGAACUAUACUGUGGCGUUCGUUCUCAUGUUUGUCUUCCUGUGCGGUGACGUCAUUGUAUCGUGUUAUAUGAAGGUAGAGUCGACUAAAUUCUCCAUGAAUAUCUUAGCUGACGUUGGCUCGUUGCUAACUUCUGUGCACACUUGCGCCUUCAUGCUGUGGACGAUCGCCGUCGGGCUUUGCACGGGUCUGAUCUGGCAGUUCCUCUUCUGGCACAUAGAAGACGUGGCCAAGUUGACGUGCGACGGCGCGGAUUACGUCAAGACCCUCCAGGGUCUCGUGAGUGCUAUCCAGACGUUCUGCGGAGAGAUACCCUUCAUGUUUGUCUCUGGUUACAUCUUAAAGAAACUAGGGCAUAUCAACAUGAUGACCUUGGUACUCUUUGCUUUUGGAGUACGUUUCAUACUAUAUUCGUUCCUAACGAACGCCUGGUGGGUGCUGCCAAUAGAAAUGCUGCAAGGCAUCACCUUCGGCAUGUUUUACCCCACCAUGACGUCAUACGCCAAUGUGGUUUCGCCACCAGGGACUGAGACUACUGUUCAAGGUUUAGUGGGCGCGAUAUUUGAAGGCGUCGGUACGUCACUCGGUAGCUUCAUUGGCGGACAGCUCUAUGAAACAUAUCGUGGCUGGAACACGUUCCGCUUCUUUGGGUUCGGUGCGUUCGCCGCUUGCGUUAUACACGCGAUCGCUCAGCACCUACUCAAAGACAAACCCUAUCUUAAUCCAGGGUACUCAUCGGUAAUCCACUAUGGAAAUGAUAAUGACGCUGUCAAUAUAUUGGAUGAAAUGGUCGUGAACAGCUGA